AUGCAACAAUUUAAAUUACUCAAUAGCUGCAAAUUAGCUUUUAAAUUGCUAGACUGGUUAGAACUAUUUUUCUGCAUUAGCUCCAAAUUUUCCUAGUUAGAGAACGAGGUAAAUGAAAAUGUUGUAAUGUUUUUUCUGCAGGUUAGUUCCUAAAUAGCUGUGAAUUUUUUAAAAUGUGCUACCAUGUUGUAGCCAAAUAUUUGAAAGCCAAUCAGCCACGCAUAUCAUGCAACAACAUUUGAAAGCUAAAUGGCAGUGCUUUAUUAGCUAAACACGCUUUGCUAGGAAUUUGCGCAAAGUUGCUAGCAUAUAUUUGGAGGCUAAUCUUCAUUUUUCUUGUUCUGGAAAUCGCCUCCAAAAUGCAAGUUGCGAACAAUGGCAGUAUGGCAAAUGAGUUGGUAUUGAUGUUGGAUUACAUUGGGACUGGGAGCAAUUAUAUUGAACAGUGAUUUGUUUUGUGGUUGCUUUUCCAAGUUGUCAACUUCCAUACACUUGCUCAAUCAGUUUUGUCAGCUUGAUCAAGGAUUAUAUAGCGGUAUUUAAUAUUUGAAUUAGUAUUAAUAUAAUGAUUUUAUUUUAUAAUUUUUCUCUUGAGUUGUUAGGUGGCUGUUUGUGAGUUGUUUAACAAGAAAUGAUGUAUCAGAACCAUUUCUCCUAACAAACAUCUACCAGCUGGUCUGAACAGAUUUACAAUGAUGCUGAAUUUUGGUACAUAAUAUUGAAAGCUUAGUGGUUGAAUAACCAAUGUAUAGCUUCCAUUACAUGGACAUAACCUUUUCAAGUCAUUUCUUAACUUCCACUAUCCUUUAGCAUAGUUUAUCCAUAACAAAAGCAUUCUAUGCUUUCACUUCACUCAUACUCACCCUCACUCAAAAAAAAAGGACUCACAAGUCACAACAAUGUCAUCAAUCAUCAUCACUCUGUUGCUAUGUGUGCAUUAAUUUAUACUCUUUCUUCCCAUCUGGCUACCUUUAAGCUUCUGCCACCUCCAUACCCAUGAACCCUUCAGGAACAAUGAAGUUUCUCAGAGGAAAGCUUCCUCUGCCCAUCAUUAUCACCACAACCUGUGCUCUAUUCUUCAUAGCAGUGUUGUAUGCAGAGAGACUCAGCUUCCUAUCUUCAAGCUCUAUUUUCAAGUUCAAAACAUGUCCUAGAAAGCACAAUAAACCAAAAUCUAAUGAGAGAAAAGUAGAGGAUGUGCUUGUAAAUGCCUCAUGGAAUGAUGAUAGGUUUGAUUUUGAUCCAGAGGAGUGUAAUCUUGCUAAUGGAAAAUGGGUUUUUAACCAUUCAAUAAGGCCUUUGUACUCAGAUACUAGCUGUCCUUACAUAGAUAGACAAUACUCUUGUGUCAAGAAUGGAAGGGAAGAUUCUGACUACCUCCAUUGGGAGUGGCAGCCAGAAGAUUGUACCUUUCCCCAAUUUAAUCCAGAGCUAGCCCUCAAGAAGCUUCAAGGAAAGAGGCUGCUAUUUGUAGGGGAUUCACUGCAAAGAAACCAAUGGGAAUCUUUUGUCUGUUUGGUCCAAAGUAUCAUACCUGAAAAGGAAAAGUCAAUGAAACGAGGGCGUAUUCAUUCAGUCUUCAAAGCCAAGGAAUAUAAUGCUACCAUAGAAUUCUAUUGGGCCCCAUUUCUUGUUGAGUCCAACACUGACAUUCGUAUCAUAGGAGAUCCCAAGAAGAGGAUAAUCAAAGUGGAUGAAAUCACUGAGCGUGCCAAAAACUGGACAGGAGUGGACAUCCUUGUUUUCAACACCUAUGUUUGGUGGAUGAGUGGUCUCAGGGUUAACGCACUAUGGGGUUCAUUUGCCAAUGGAGAACAAGGGUAUGAAGAACUGGAUACACCAGUUGCUUACAAGCUAGGUUUGAGAACAUGGGCCAAUUGGGUAGACUCCACAAUCAAUCCAAACAAAACCCGGGUGUUCUUCACUACUAUGUCCCCUGCACACACAAAAAGUGCAGACUGGGGCAACAAGGAUGGUGUUAAAUGUUUCAAUGAGACAAUGCCUGUAAAGAAGAAGAAUCACUGGGGAAGUGGUUCUAAUAAGGGUAUGAUGAGUGUGCUGGCCAAAGUGGUGAAGAAAAUGAAAGUUCCUGUGACUGUCAUCAACAUCACACAAAUCUCAGAGUACAGGAUUGAUGGUCAUUCAUCAGUUUACACUGAAACUGGGGGUAAGAUGUUAACUCAGGAGGAAAGGGCUAACCCACUAAAUGCAGAUUGCAUACACUGGUGUUUGCCUGGAGUUCCAGAUACAUGGAAUCAAAUAUUUUUGGCAAUGUUGUAAUAAAUAUAAAUGGACAAAGUCCAGUUCUUUUUAUUUUUUUAUUUUUUAUGUGACAUGAAGAUGUCAAAUAUGUAAGUAAAGCUAUGUGUCCAAGUUCAUACUUCGGCAUUUGUGUGAUAAAUAUACAUAUAAAUCACAAGUGCAUGCGUGUAAAUUCAAUACAAGCAAAUAAAAACGCCAAACCAUCUAUCAAAGAGAUUGCACAGAUAAUGGACAUUGCCCCUGCAACCACAAAAACUCCAUUUCAGCAUCCUUUAUGA